UCUGCGAGGAAGGGUCCUGUAGAGACGAAGAACUGGGCUGAGAGCCAUGUGGGUCAGGACGACAGUAACGAUCGAAAGGUGGACCGAGGAGAAGACAGAGUGCAAGGCCAAGGUCUGGGACGAAAGCCUCUCAGAUGUAAGCAGGUUACCCAGCUGGGAGAGAGGACAUCUGCUGGCUGGUGUGGCGUCCGGCACUGAUGCGUCUACCUUCUCCUCUGAAGGUGACUGCAAGGAGACUGACAGGUGCUGCUGGAAACAUAAGCAGUGCACUGGGCACAUCAUCUACCCCUUCACCUCUGACUAUGGCCACCACAGCCUGCACCUACACUCUGUCAACCACUGCGACUGUGAUUCUAGGCUGAAGGACUGCUCGGAGAAGACAAAUAGCAGCUCCCGAGACUUGGGCCCAACCUGUUCCCGAGAUGUAAGCCCAACCUGCUUUAACAUCAUCCCAUCCCCUUGCUUGGAGCUCAUCCCAGAGGAGGAGUGUGUGGAGCGGUUCUGGUACGGCUGGUGCAAAAGCUACAGGCCUAUCUCUGUGGCAGUGAUCCACCAUCCCCUCCACCAUGAAUGUGGGGCAGAUGAGCUAAAUGAAGAUGAGGAAGAGGAGGAGGAGGAGGAGGAAGAGGAGGAAGAGGAAAGCAAGCCUCUUAUCCCCACCCAGGUGGGGCCCACCACCACACCCACCGACCCAGCCACCAGCACGGUCACUGGUAAUCCUGACUCGGCAGCGCCCAUCACCAUCUGGCGCUCUGACAGCCCCACAGGGAAGAGCCAGGGCAACAAGGUGAUCAAGAAAGUAAAGAAGAAAAAGGAAAAAGAGAAAGAUAAAGAGGAGGAGACGGAUGAGAAGGCAAAGCUGAAGAAAAAAGCCAAGAAGGGCAAGUUGGCUAAGAAGAAAAGCCCGGUUAAAUCGGAGUCUUCACCUCCAGACCUGAGGCGGUCAUUAAGCCCGAGAGAGUUGGCCAGGAUGUCCGAGUCCAGCCCAGAAAGCCGGGAAGAGCUGGAGAGUGAGGACAGUUACAAUGACCGGGGGCAGGAGGAGCCCUCCAGUGAGGAUGUUGAGUCUUCAUCACCCAGGAAGAGAGAGAAGAACACGGUCCAGGUGAAGAAGCUUGGGGCCAAGGCUUUGCAAACCAGGAAGGUAAACAAGAGGAAAUCUCCCCCAGCGUCAAACCCCAAUCUCAGUUGA